UGCGGCGCCGAGGGCGGCGGGAAGGGAGGGCGGGGCGGGCCUCCCUGGUGGCGCUUUGCCCGAGGAGUGCGGGAGCAGGCGGCGGGCGCAGCUCUCGGGCCGGGCACCCGAACUUGGGACAAGUUGCCGGAACCGCAGGCGGCGGACAGAUUGACCUUCAGAGCGAGGGAGCCGGUGCCCACGGCCACCAUGGCAUCGCGCAUCGGGCUGCGCAUGCAGCUUAUGCGGGAGCAGGCGCAGCAGGAGGAGCAGCGGGAGCGCAUGCAGCAGCAGGCUGUCAUGCAUUACAUGCAGCAGCAGCAGCAGCAGCAGCUGGGGGGACCUCCCACCCCAGCCAUCAACACCCCCGUCCACUUCCAGUCGCCGCCACCUGUGCCUGGGGAGGUGCUGAAGGUGCAGUCCUACCUGGAGAAUCCCACCUCCUACCACCUGCAACAGUCCCAGCACCAGAAGGUGCGGGAGUACCUGUCGGAGACCUACGGGAACAAGUUUGCCGCCCACAUCAGCCCGGCUCAGGGCUCCCCGAAGCCCCCGCCAGCCGCCUCCCCCGGAGUACGGGCCGGACAUGUGCUGUCCACCUCGGCCAGCAACAGUGCGCCCAACAGUCCCAUGGCCAUGCUGCACAUCAGCUCCAACCCUGAGAAGGAGUUUGAUGAUGUCAUUGACAACAUUAUGCGUCUGGACAAUGUGCUGGGCUACAUCAAUCCUGAAAUGCAGAUGCCCAACACGCUGCCCCUCUCCAGCAGCCACCUGAACGUGUACAGCAGCGACCCCCAGGUCACACCCUCCCUGGUGGGUGUCACCAGCAGCUCCUGCCCUGCGGACCUGACCCAAAAGCGAGAACUCACAGAUGCUGAGAGCCGGGCCCUGGCCAAGGAGCGGCAGAAGAAGGACAAUCACAACCUAAUUGAGCGGAGACGGAGGUUCAACAUCAAUGACCGCAUCAAGGAGCUGGGAAUGCUGAUCCCCAAGGCCAAUGACCUGGACGUGCGCUGGAACAAGGGCACCAUCCUCAAGGCCUCGGUGGACUACAUCCGGAGGAUGCAGAAGGACCUGCAGAAGUCCAGGGAGUUGGAGAACCACUCUCGGCGCCUGGAGAUGACCAACAAGCAGCUCUGGCUCCGCAUCCAGGAGCUGGAGAUGCAGGCCCGAGUCCACGGCCUCCCCACCACCUCUCCAUCAGGCGUGAACAUGGCCGAGCUGGCCCAGCAGGUGGUGAAGCAGGAGCUGCCCAGCGAGGAGGGCCCAGGGGAGGCGCUCAUGCUGGGGGCAGAGGUCCCCGACCCCGAGGCGCUGCCAGCUCUGCCCCCCCAGGCCCCGCUGCCCCCACCUGCCCAGCCACCAUCCCCAUUCCAUCACCUGGACUUCAGCCACAGCCUGGGCUUUGGGGGCGGGAGUGACGAGGGGUCCACAGGCUACUCUGAUCCCCUGGGGCCAGAGCAUGGCUCCCCAUUCCCCAACCUGUCCAAGAAGGAUCUGGACCUCAUGCUCCUGGACGACUCCCUGCUGCCGCUGGCCUCUGACCCCCUCUUCUCCACCAUGUCCCCCGAGGCCUCCAAGGCCAGCAGCCGCCGGAGCAGCUUCAGCAUGGAGGAGGGCGACGUGCUGUGACGCCGGCUGCCCCUGUGCCAGGGGACAGGGGCAGGCCUGGGGGCUGGGAGGGCAGGGUUUCCUCCCUCCCACCCUUCAGGCUGCUCUCGUGUGUGAAGUAGCCACCUGCCCUGCCUCACUCCUCCCUGUUGGCCCCCUGUUUGGACAUAGUGCCAGCCUGGCAGCCUGUGGGGUCGGGAAAAGCCCCCACUGUCUCAGUGCCCCCCCCAGAGGCAGCCCAGCUCUGGGCUGGAUGGGAAUAGGCUCCUGGGGGUGCGAUCAUGGGGGAACGGAGGGGACAGGGGGGACUAGAGGCAAGAAGAGAGCCUGGCAGGGGAGGUCCUGUCUUCUGAGGCUGAGCGCCCCCUCCAAUGGAGGACAUGUUGAGCAGGGGUUCAGGAAACUCCUCUGUGGAAGGAACUGGCCAGGGUGCCCAGGCCUGCCUUUCUGGGACUUGAGUGGCAACAAGCCCAUCCCCCAGCCUGGUACUGCCCCCCACAGGUGGGGCACCCACCCCCCUUUGGUGCUAACAACUCUCCCCAGGGUGGUAUGAGGGUGGGGUGGCCAGAAGAGGGGGCUGGGCUCAGGGUGGAGCACCGGGUCCCUGCUAGAAGAGCAGCUCCCCUCCGGACCUCCCACUUUGUGCCUUUAGUAAACACUGUGCUUUGUACCUGCUUGUCCUAUCUCUUUGGCAUGGCCUACGGCUGACAUGAAAGGGAGCCAGGAAAGGGUACUGAGAGGAGGAGGCGACCUGGAUUCUCCCAGCGCCUCGGCUCUGCCCCCCAGUGAACCCAGAGAAGCAAGCUAACUUACUGGGUUUGGGUGCUGAUGGGGGCACUGUGUCUUCUUAAGGCCACGAGGUGGCACUGCAGCCACGCUGUCCCACACCUCCAGCUGUGGCCUGAGAGCCAGGAGCCACCUUGUCUGACCGCCUUAUCUACCAUCCUCAGCUGCUUCCCGGGGGCACCUCAGCCCUGGACUGCCUGCCCUGGUCUAGUGAGGCCUCACCAGCUUCUCCCCCUCCCUGGGUGGUGAGAGACCCAGCUUUAGACUCCUAACAGGAUGUCUGGGGACAAGGCCCCUCUUCUCUCCGACUUAGUGUCUCUAAGGACAGGCUUCUGUGGGCUGUGUCCUUCUAUGGGUUUAGAGAAAGGGACCUGUGUGAGCUAUUUUGGGAGCACAGGACACUGGGUGUGAGUCAAUGAUACGGUUCUGCUCCCACUCUGCUCUGGCACUGCCUGGCGAUGAGGCGUCUGCAAAUCCCCACAGUCCUCUCACCAUGCAGUGGUUCCCCAAGGCCUUGCUUGGAGAUUCCGGAUGUUGAGAACUCAUCCAGGCUGAGGAAAUGAGCUUGGGGCAGUGAGGGGUCCAAGGUGUGUUGGGAGGAGAGAAGAGCGGGUCUUCUCAAGCUUUGCCCAGCGCCUUCCCACUUUCCAGUCUCUUCAGACAGAGACCAAACGGGCUGAAGAGGCCUAAUUAAAAAAAAAAAAUUCCACGAUGAAAAUGGCUAAGCGGGCAAUUUCCUCCUUGUGGAAUGGGAGAUCAGAUCAACGCUGGAGCAAUUAAUGUGCUAGGGGAGAGAGGGAAAGGAGGCCCAGCGGCCUGGGCAGUAGGGCGGCUGAGCUGGUGGAAGCUGUCGGAUUAAUCUCAAGGUCAGAUGGAGCCAUGGAUGACCUUGUGGAGUCUGUGCCAGUCUGGGCAUUGGCACCUCCUGGUUCCAGGUCCCACCCCAUUGCCUGAAUCGGCCUGUGCUCUGGGAGCCCCACUCUGAACCCACGGGGCAAGCCCUGGGCUCCGGCUGGGGUACACCUGAAGACACAGGCCUGGCUUCCUUGGCACUGGAAGGGUUGCAGGUCUGGGGAGUCUCAGGGCUGGUCCUUCGGGUGAUUGAGAAAUCUCACCCUGCCCUGCUUGGUCUUCUCCUUCCCUCUAGGGGUUCGUUCAUUGGAGUGGAGACCUAUUCCCCUGCUUCCUCACAGAGCUCCUCAAAAACACCCUAUCCCGCUUCCCACCUACCUGCUGGCCUCCUGGCCCCUGGGCUCCUGCCUCUUGGCCACCACCUGCGACCUGGAGAAGUGGGUCUAAACAGCCCAUUGGACAGCAUCCAGGGAGUUGGUGGGGUUCUUUCCACAAGAGGGCGCUCUGAGCCAGGACCAGGCCUCUUGCCUGCCAGGGUGGAGGAGUCUCAGACAAACUGAAUGUUCCAAGCUGUCUGCUGGGGUGGUUUCCACUCUGCCUAGGGGUCCCAUCUUCCUGUCAGUUUGGUUAAGGAUGGCCCAGAUCAUUUCAACCAGCCACCAGGAUGUGUAUCUGAGACGGGCCUGUGCAACCUUUACCUGUGACUGGAAUGGAGUUAGGCAGUCGGCUUUGGCUGGUGGUCUUGAAUGUCCCUGAUUAAAUAAGGGGAAUGCAGGCCUCACCCUUGCUCUUUACAGUCGACCACACCUUUGCAGGUGUGGGAUCCACAAAGGGGGCAUUUAUUUUUUAAAUGCAGACAGGGGAAAUGGGCUGUGAAGGCAGGGUGGCCUGUUCGGCCCUCUCCCCCUUCCUUUCAGUGAGGAAGUGACCCCCCUCCCCGCCCCCAGAACAAACUGAAGUGUAAUGUUGUGUCUGGGGAAGGGAUCCAAGCUAGGUAGGAAAGGACAAGCAGCUGUAGCUCCCUUGGAGCUCCUGGGGCCCCAAUGCAGGAGUCAGUACCCUUCCCAAAGGUGGGGAGAAUGGCCCCACUGUCCUCAGCUCCAGGUCCUGUGUCUGCCUGUCUGUCCACACCAGCACUCUCUUCCUUAGUACCUACCUCGUCUACAUUAGGCAGUUCUGAAUGUCUGCAUGUGCCCUGCCAGCUGGAGGGCAGCCUGGGAAAAAAGAGCAGAAGCUCAGAAUGUCCUGCUUGGAAUUCUGCACACAUGAUUCUUUUAAAUCAGAGAUUGUCGCUUUAUUAUUUGGGGCCAUUAACUUGGAUGAGGCUGAUACAUACUAUGGAUCUUCUCUCCACGUGCACACACAGCCUCCUAAAAACUAGCUCCAAGUUCAACACUCCCUCUCUCUCUCAACCCAUUCUCCCUGCCCCAACUCAAAGCCUAUUCCCCUCUUCCACCCCUCCAAGUCCCCUGCCUGGUCAGCUAGGGCAGCUAGAGAGAGCCCUUUGAUGCCGUCCUGUCCCCACCUCCCAGGGCCCCCCGGCUCCCAGGGUCCAGCCCCAUCCCCCUCUCAGUCUCCUCCAGCCUCAUCUUUUUUCUUUGCUCUCUCUUUUCCGAGGGGGGCAGUGGAAUUUAUACAAUAUUUAAGCAGCCAGAGCCGAGUCCGGGAAGAUAUUAUUAAUGUAAAAGGGACGGGCUGCAAAUGCUUUUGGACCUGGUUACAAUUAGAGGGUGAUUUUUCUAAAGGUCAAUGAAUUCAGAUAAUAUCCACAGGGGGGAGAGAAAUUUAAUACCUUUUUAGUGAAUUAAUUAAUUAUAAUAUUAUAUCGGCUUGGGGUUCUUUUCCAGAGUGAUUAAGGGAGCGAUCCGUCUUCUGUGAGUCCGGGGAGCAGCGCUUGCUGCCGGAGAGGACCCUGUCUCAGGGCUCUGGGCUGGGGGCCCUCCUUUCUCUUCUCACCCUGGCAGUGGCCAGGUUGCUGGAGGGGCCAUGGGGCAGGAGGCCCUGGCUGGGGUGACAGGCACAGUGAUUGGCAGUGCCCCUUCCCCUCAGCUCGUGCGCCCCCAGUCCCAGGCCUGGCCCUCCUCCUGCGGCCAGGUCACCAAACCUCUCAUCAUGGUGGUCUGAAGAACACAAGGGACAUGACCUUCUUCUUUGCACUUGGAGAACCUGAGGCCCACAGGCUUCAGGGUCUUUCUUGGCUCCACUGUGAAUUAGGACAGACUGGCAGAGCCGCGUGGAAAUACUGAGAAAAUAGGAGGAACCCCACAUACUUCUCUCCAAUCGGGCUUUCCAAACACUCCCUCACCAGCCAGAGGUCUAUGGGGCUCCUUUGAGGGUCCACCCUCUCAGAAAGGUAAUUUCAGGGCAUAGAGUGUGCCCAGGCUCUGCUUCACCACACCAGUACUGAUGCGUCAAGUGGCUACAAGGCCCAGGGAGGAACUAGUCUAGAUUUCUGUUGCUGCAGGGACCUGAGCAAGGCGGGGGAGAGGUGCUUUCCAUCACUGGUUCAUUCGCUCCUGGGCUCAGUCAUACAUUCAUUCUACAAACAUUUGUGGCAUACCGGCUCUUGUCAUCAAGAACCUGAAACAGCCCUUCCUGAGCUCUCCUAGAACCUCAGCGGCUCACCCAACAAUGGAGGGAGAGAUGGGAGGCACCACUCCUUGCGGUUCCUCUGUGCCCAGACAAGUACUCACUCAACCUGGGGGCAUAAACACUGGUGGGCUGGAGUGGCAUAGCACCUGACAAGGUCAAGCACCCACUUAGGAGCUGGCCCAGUGCUGGCUUCUGGGAAUUCUUGAAUGGAUAAGGCCUAGUCUAGGUCUUCAAGAGCUGGAGUGGGCAUG